AUUGCUGACGUCACCGCGUCGGGCGGAGCACUUCCUGGUUGCUCGGCUGCAUGCUUGUUGUGGUUGAUUUAUGGUCUAUUGGUUCAUUUGUUCCCCUCAAGGAAUGACACACAUCGUCCGGAUUCGUUUAGCGCUCACUCUCUUCGGACUUCCGUGUUCCUUCUGCAUCCACGAACUGAGGCCGGCCAUCUGCCACUCAUCCUCUCAACUUUUCAAGACCAGUCAAACCAUCAGACCCAUCACUUCAAGUUCCUUUAACCUCUACACAAGCAGUGUCUGGACAAUGCCAUCCUCAGCCACUCCUCAUGUCAAGUCCAGAUGCCCCAAGUAUCCAGGGUCUGAAAUCAAGCGCUUCUCUGUGCCUAACGACAAGGUUGGCUGGAGUGUGAACUGGCCGCAGUAUCUUCCUGUCAGCUACACCGGCCCUUCAGUAGAGAAGAAACCAGUAUGGGCGGAUCCUGAUGUUGGCUCUUUCACUCCAAAGUUUAACUCUGUGGAUGGAGCUGUGGACAGGACGAGCUUUGAAGGCAGCUACAAAGUGGAAAAGGGAAAGCCAAUAAAUCCUCGUGGACGCACAGGGGUGACUGGUAGAGGUUUGCUGGGACGAUGGGGACCCAAUCACGCAGCAGAUCCCAUUGUCACCAGAUGGAAAGUCAAUGCCAACAAAGCAAAGAUAUCUCACUCCGUCUCCAAGCGGCCGAUCCUUCAGUUCGUGUCCAUCAUGAGGAAAGACUGUGGGGAGUGGGCCAUUCCCGGGGGGAUGGUGGAUGCAGGGGAGCAGGUCUCUGUCACGCUGCAGCGGGAGUUCUCGGAAGAAGCGUUGAAUUCGUUGGCAGCCCUGCCAUCAGAGAAGGCAAAAAUCAGUGAGCGCAUCAUCAAUCUCUUCAAAACGCCAGGGUUUCAGGUCUAUAAAGGCUAUGUGGACGAUCCCAGAAACACUGACAAUGCUUGGAUGGAGACAGUCGCUGUCAACUUCCACGACGAAUCAGGCAACAGUGUGAGCAAGCUGCCGCUGCAAGCCGGCGAUGACGCAGGACAAGUCCAGUGGGUUGAUAUUGACUCGUCCUUCCCGCUGUAUGCGAGCCAUUCCCAUUUCCUGGAGCUGGUUGCCAAAGAGAGGAAGGCUCACUGGUAACCAAGGAGGACAGACUCUGACACGACGACGAUGAAGGAAACGUGAAGGGGCCUUGUUGCUCUCUGAGUGCUUAUGUGUUUAGGAUGCAUGACACCUAAACUUAUGCAGAUCUUACCUCACUAAUUUAAACAUAAUAAUCAUAGUAACCAAAACGUUUAAUAUGCAUCUUAUUAGGUUCAUAUGUAUGCCCACUAUACGAUGAAAAGCACCAGUGUGAUUGCGGGUUUGGAUUAAUAAAGCAGAGUGUAUGAAAUGAUUGAAACAAGUAUGUUGAGCCAUAGUAGCCAUGUUAGAGCUACUAUUUGAUUUUUGUCACAGAAAAGAAAAAAAAAAAGAGUAGGUGUACAUUUUCAUUAAAAAAGAAUUCAACUCACCGCUUUGAAGAAGCUUAACACUAGACUAAAAUGCAAGAUGCUGCUGAGUGCCACGCCACAUUAUUUAUAUUGGCACUAAUUAUGCAAAUUAAUUCAACAUUAACAAGGAUCACAUUAACCCAGCGUGAAAUUGUAAGAACAAACACAAUGAGCUGCUGAACACAACACGUACUACAUUAAUUUAAGUGUGAUAUGAUAAGGAGGGAUGAUCAAAAUGAAAUAGUGCGGGAUUGACUUUGAUCUCUAGAUGUGAAUAGAGUAAGGAGAUGUGCUGGAGCUGCCCACACAGCCCAGCAGAGCUCCAGAGCUGAGCACAGACGGGCCGAAGCUGGAGGACAAACAUGUUUUCAAGUGGGAACAGACUGUGGAAGCAAAGGCCACUUCACACUCGACAGCCUGCCUUUUCCCGAAAUGUUCACAUCAGAACGUGUCAUCUCACUGCUGGGCGUACUUUGCGAUGAGGCAGGGAGGGAGAAUUACGCAUUAAAAAGGCUCGUAUCUGUUGGACACUUCUUUCAUCAAGAGGCAUGUUUGUCUUCUGGAUGAACUAACACUUUUUAUAAGGUGUGAUGUGAAAAUUCUACACGCUAUAACACCAGUGAGCAUGUUAACGAAACACUGAAGGGAAAUGGAGAUGAAUGUGGCUGUAAGAAAACUGCCUCAAACUAUGUCCACAACAGACGUAGGAGGCGCCACAGAUCCUAAAAGUCUUUUUAUUUGCUCUCAUAGCUGCUCAGGCCACAACAUGUGUCUGCAUGUUAUGGAAUUAAAUUCCAUUAAGGUAUGAAACCAGCAGCUGAACCCUUUCCUAAAAGCAUACUCUUAAAAAUCACACAUGUUCAGAUACACACUCAGCUCAGAUAGACUCCCAGUACAUCCAGGCCACUUACCAUCACCACUGAAGCAUUUACAGCCAGAGCACUGAUUGCAUUUAUUGUUGCAGGAAGGGAGAGUAUUUCCCAUCCAGAUUUCCCCGGUCGUAUCCGUAACCUGCCAGUAACAUAAUCCUCUUAACCUUUGCAUUUAAAAGUUCUGAUUGAUUUUUUUUUCUUUCUUCAGCUUAUCGUGGUUAGGGCUUGUGGUUAGUACAAGACAAUCAAAAAUACAUUUAUGAUAGAAUGAGCGGUGAAAUAAUUCGAAUUUUUAUUAGUUUCAUUAUAAUGAGUUUGCUGAAUGGAUUGACUGUAUAUUUAAUGUAAAAAUAAACACAGAGGUGUCUCCGUACUAAACUUGCACUGAAAAGAACUGACACGGUCUUUUUUUCGUAUUAAUUCUGACUCAGUUGCAAUUGUAUAUCGGUACGAAAUCACGAUCUCAUUUGUGCAUUUCCCCUCAUAAAAUAUGUGUUUUGAAGGUGGUUAUUAUACAUGUUGUACUGUGUCUGUUGUCUCACAGUAUGUGUAAUAUCAGCUGUAAUUGCGUCUCAGCCUACAUAGUCGUAUUAGGAGACCUUAUGCAUUAUGAAGUGCACUUGUUUUCUGUUUGAUCAUAAGAGAUCUACUACAUCAAUGUCUGAUGUGUUUCUUUUGUCAUCGUGAAA